CACCGAAGUGAGAAAAAAAAAGAGAAGUUAUAAAUCAGAAAAAGAGAUCUGGCGGAGAAGGAAAUCAAAAUCUCAAACGAACAAACUUGCCUCCUCCCUUCCCUUAAUCUUCCUCCUUGGGAUCGAAAACCCUAAAAACAAAAAUUGCAUCGAUUUGUGAACAGGCUUUUCUCGAGAUCUCAUCAAUAUCUUGUCCAUAUUUGCGUCAGGAUCUGUCCCCUGGUACCAUCGUAACAGAAUGGCAUGUGUCAAUGUGAUUCAAUUGUAAUUUUGAUAAAAAAAAGGAUUGGGUUUGAAUGGCAUCAGCUCAGGUUAAGCGGAGGCAAGAGGCUGGACGGCGUAAGCUUGAGGAGUUCCGGAAGCAAAAAGCAGAACGAGAGAAAAAGGCAUCACAGAUUAUUAACACCGUCCCACAACAACCUGUUGUUGUUGAUAACACCCACCAAACCGUCGCAGAUUCAGAUGGGGGAGAAGUUGUUGCAUCUAUCUCUAAUGGACCUCUCAGCCAAUCUCCUGAAACCUCCUCCUUCAAAUUCAACCAAACCCAAUCCAAUUCCAAUUCCAAUUCCUCAUCUUCAUAUAAUUUAUACGGUGGAGAUGAGUCAGUGGCCACAUCUAGUAGCUUAGAGUUGAGAGGUUCCUCUAAUACCCCGCCUGAAGCUGACAAGCAAUCCAGUGGGGAUUUUAAUCCUGCCUCUUUUCCAAGGGCAAGUGAUAGCUUUUCUGGGAGCACUAUGGACGGUUUCAUGCAUGUCAAUGGAUUAACCUCAUCAAGAAAAGACUACUCUCUACAACCUAUGGCAGAGUCUACUCAGGGAAGUGGAGGAGGUAGCAGCAGCAGCAUUGUGCAGAAGCCAACUUUGUCUAACACUUAUCUGUUUAAUUCUCCAUCUCGUCCUUCUCAAUCUUCAGAUUACAGUGCAAGCUCCUACUCAUCUGCUAAAAAUGAAGCAAGUCUGAAGAAAAAUCGUCCAUCUUUCCUUGAUUCCCUUAAUAUUUCUAGAGCUCCAGAGACUCAGUAUCAACCCCCUGAGAUUCAGGGAGAUUUGGUUUCAUCCAGUGGUUCCGGUGCUGGGUCUGGACCAUCUUCACUCCAGUUUAUAUCAGGGGAGAGAGUCAGUAAUGGACCGUCCUUGAUGAGCGGAGCAUCUGAUUCUCCUUAUCCAUAUGACAAUUUCAGGAGUCCUUCCUUUCCUAUUGCCAAUGGAGUAAUGCCAGGUUUCACUGACUACUCCAUGCCAAAGCAUAAUGAUGAUUUUAGUACUCUGGAACAGCAUAUUGAGGAUUUAACACAAGAAAAGUUUUCACUGCAAAGGGAUCUUGAUGCUUCACGUGCUCUGGCAGAAUCCUUAGCAUCUGAAAAUUCUUCCAUGACAGACACUUAUAACCAGCAGCGAAGUAUUGUCAACCAAUUAAAAGAUGAUACGGAGAAGCUACAACAACAGAUUCAAGCACAAAUGGGGGAACUUGAAUCUGUCAGGAAUGAGUAUGCAAAUGCGCAGCUAGAAUGUAAUGCUGCUGAUGAGCGUUCCCAAAUACUGGCUUCUGAAGUCAUCAGUUUGGAAGAUAAGGCACUCAGACUCAGAUCUAAUGAGUUAAAGCUGGAGAGGGAACUUGAGAGUGCACAAGCAGAAAUGUCAUCUUACAAGAAAAAGUUACAGAUCCUAGAGAAAGAUCGCCAAGACUUGCAAUCUACUAUUAAAGCUCUUCAGGAAGAGAAGAAGGUCCUACAGAAUAUGGUGCAGAAAGCUUCCUCUGGUGGAAAAUCCACUGCUCUCGACAAAGGCUCUACUAGCAGGAAAAACGCAUCAACCUCUACAGAAGGCCUCGCAAUCUCAGAUAAUAUUCCAGGGAGCUCCAUUCAGGAAACAGAUUCUACAGAUCUACUCGGAAGUGGUUUAUCUAGUACAGCUAUCAUUCAUGAAAUUGGACAAUUAACACUCGAAGGCUUUCCAUUGAGCGUCCCAGCUGAUCAGAUGAGACUGAUUGAGAACAUUAAUACGCUGAUUGCUGAGUUGGCAAUUGAAAAAGAGGAACUAGUGCAAGCAUUGUCAACUGAAUUAUCUCAAACUGCACGGGUAAAGGAGCUGAACAAAGAUUUAUCCAGAAAACUUGAAGUGCAGACGCAAAGGUUAGAGCUACUUACAGCACAGAAUAUGGCGAUAGACAAUAUUUCACCUGCAAAGCAGCCGGAUUCUCACGUUGUUCAAGAGAGACCCCCAAUUGCAGAUGAGGGUGAUGAGGUGGUAGAAAGAGUUCUAGGAUGGAUCAUGAAGAUGUUCCCAGGAGGGCCAUCGAAAAGAAGGACAAGCAAGCUUCUCUAAUGCACGCCUUGCUCUCAGCUAUCCUGUACAUCAUGGCACAGUCAUGCACCUCUCUUGCUUCUUCUCUUAUUGUUUUGGAAGAAUUCGUUUAGCUUUUGAUCCCAAAAAUUGGGUUUCAUCUGGCUCGAGAAAAAUCAAGAAGACAGCAUAUAGUGAGUGUGUUACAGACACUUUGAAAAGAGUUCCAAAAGCAGCUUUAACCGAGAGAGGUUUUUAUGAGUGCUUUUUUUGUUGUUUAUUUACUUGAAUUUUUGUAAUUGUUGAUUAUAGUGCAAUAUACUAAUUACCAUAGUAAUCCAGUGUAAUUUUGGUUGGACAUCA